AUGGCAGACCCCUCCGCAACCCCCGUCUCCUCCAUCAAGUCGCGAAUCGCUGCCCUCAACCUUGAGAAGGUGCAUCAUCCUGAACCCGGAGCCCCUCCCCCAUAUUCCUACGACCACACAGCGGUCAAGAAGUCGCGACCGCCCCCGCCUCCACCCUCGAAACGCCCCUUGAUCGAACCGCGGAGCCAGACGACGAACAAUCCUCCCCUCCAGAGCUAUGGGACUACCUCUACAAGAACUAUCGGGAAUCAGCCUAUAUAUGGCAAUGAGGAACCGCCGAAGAAGCAGCAGCCUGCUCUGCCGCCGAGACUGCCACCGCGAACAAACUCGAACGUGGCCUCGCAGCCGCCCCCACCCAGCCUUCCUCCGCGCAAGGCUUCGGAGCACAGUAUAAGGACGAAGGCGUCUGUGGAGUCCAUCUCGACAAUAGCAUCGAGCCGGUCGGCGGUGUCGGUAGGGUCAACGAGGACGAGUUUCAGUGGCGCGUCUGGGGGUGAUGGGCAACAAUAUAGGGUCAAAGCACCGCCUUAUGAUCCUUCGAAACUACCUCCUCUGCCCCCAAAGAAGGCAAAGGAGGAGCCAACGCCUACUCCUUCGAGGACAGCCCUGAAACCUACGCGCUCGUCGCCAAGUGUGGUGGAGAAAACUGAGCCAAGGGCUAUCCAACCACCACCCACCCUUCCGUCUCGACCUCCUCUCCCAUCCCGUCAAUCCACAACUCCAAAUCCCCGGUCUGCUUCUAUAGCACCGCCAAAGCGAUCCGCUCUAUCAUUCGGCCUCAACAAGAACCUCGAAACCCCACCACCCCUCCCCUCCAGCCGUCCUGGCCCCGACUCCGCCGGCUCGCCGCCCCCCAUCCCCCUCUCCUCCCGCCCCAACCUCGCCGCCCUCCAAGCCUCCAAACCAAAGAGCACAUCCAGCUGCCUCGUGUGCCGCGACUUCUCCGCCCCGGACGCUCACGCCGCCCGCUUCCCGCGCCACACCCUGCCCACGCACGACCUCGCCUGGCUCGCCACCCAACUCACCUCGCCCUUCCCCAGCCUCACCGACAAAGCCCGCGCGCUCUUCACCUGGCUGCACCACAACAUCGAUUACAACGUCGCCGACUUCUUCUCCGGCAACCUCAAACCCUCGACCCCGGCCUCAACCCUCUCGACCGGCCUCGCCGUCUGCGAAGGCUACGCCGCCCUCUUCACCGCCCUCGCCACCCACGCCGGGCUCGAGUCCGUCGUCAUCGGCGGCCACGGCAAGGGCUUCGGCCACACGGCCCUGGCCCCGGGCGCGCCCAUCCCGCCCUUCAGCGCCGGGCACGCGUGGAACGCCGUGCGCAUCGACGGCGGCGAGUGGAAGCUCGUCGACUGCUGCUGGGGCGCGGGCAACGUUGGCGGCGGCGGCAACGGCCAAGCCUACGAGCGCAACUUCAAGCCACAGUUCUUCGGCAUGCCGAACAACGAGUUUGGCGCGCGGCACUUUCCCGAGGACGGCGGCAUGCAGUUCCGCACCGACGGCAGGGUGCUGGGGUGGGACGAGUAUAUGCGCGAUGAUGCCGGGGAGCGGGUGCAGGUGUAUGGGGACUGCUUCCCGGAGCAUGGGAUUGGGGAGAGGAGUUUUGAGCCGGCGUUUAGGCAUAUACAGAGCGAGGCGGGCUCGAGCGAGCGGGUGAGGUUUCAGUUCAGUGCGGCGUGUGCGCAUUGGGAGAAUGAGAGGUGCGGCAAGGGGAAGAUGUAUCCGAUGGUGUUGCAUGUGAAUGGGGUGGGCGGGGGGAAGGCGGAUUAUGUGCCGUUUGAGACGGAUGGGCGGGUUUGGUGGGUCGAUGUGGAGAGGAGGGAGUUGGGGAGGGCGGGGCAGAGGGUCAGUGUGUUUGCGGUGACGAGUUUGGGCGGGCGGGAUGGGAGGGGGGUUAGUGUGGCGGAGUAUAAGCAGAAGAAGGGCAGGGUGGGGAUGGGGUUUGGGGGGGUUUGUGCGUGGGAUUUGGUUUAG